CGAAACCGACUUCCGUGUUUAUUUUACCGCGAAGACACAACUAGCUCAGUGCUUAGAGCUGGAUUCUGGAAGCAGCCUCACUUUAUAGCUGUUUAUUAACUAUAAUCUUAAAAAGUAGAUGGAUUUAAUGUUAGCGAUAUGUGUUUCCAGAUGUGUUUAGUGGUGUCUGAGUCACUAGUGAAGCGCUAGUGUUAACUAGCCGCGCGGGAGCUGCAGAAUCUCUGCGGCACCAGUUCAGCUCACUAAUAACAGCAGCAGCGGGCAACUGAAGAAUCUGACCACCGUUAUUACAUACAGAACCGCUACCGCUCUGUCGGGAGAUGUCUGAGUCAAGGCGGAGAGUGAGCAGAGGAAGUCAGGAGGAGUCUGCUGCACAUACCAAUGGAGUAGGAGGACGCAGCAGGUCCGAGAGAGCAGCAGACACGGGUGAUGAGGAUGAGGGUGCUGGUCCAUCAGGGAUCCAUGAGGAAGAUGAUGACCCGGCCCGUCGGAGGGAGAUCAGAAGCCAGUACAGGGACCUCAUCAACUCUGUCCAGCAAAAUCGUGAGGACAUGUUGAACCCUGCCAACAAUAAGCUGAUUGAUGUGUUAGAAGAAGCCAACAAACUGUUUGCUAAUGUCAGGCAAGCUCGAGAAGCUGCUUUGGAUGCUCAGCUGCUGGUUCUUGCCACAGACCUGGGAAGGGAAAAAGCCAGCCAGCUCCAUGCAGAGGGAUCGUCUUUUGACCCUUCUGCAUUUGCAGAGCAUUUGUUGUCCUUCAUGGGUCUUAAUCGCUUGGAAGAAGAGGAGGAUGAUCAAGAAGGCUUAGAUGGAUAUUUGCCUCCAGAUGCCUGGCAGAAACUUUCCAAAAGGGCAGAACAUUGUUUUAAAACAGCGCCGUCAUUCCAUUACUUGUUGGGGUCAUUUCUGGCUGAACCUCCACCACCACGACAGCGUGUUGAACGACAAAGGAAAGCUCCCAGCAAGGAAGCAAAACGAAUGAUGCCUACUCAGCUUAAGAAAAUGGAAGAAUCCCACCAGGAAGCCACAGAGAAAGAGGUGGAAAGGAUUCUGGGGUGUCUUCGAAGUUACUACGCUGAUGACCCCGAGUCCCCCAUUUCAUAUUAUGAGUUUGUUGUGGAUCCUGCCUCCUUCUCCCGGACAGUAGAGAACAUUUUCCACACAUCAUUUCUUAUCAGGGAUGGCCUGGCAAGGAUCUAUCUGGAUAGUGAAAAGCUUCCGUGCAUAGCUCCUGUUGAAGAUGGUGAGAUAGAGCCUAGUGGAAAUGCCACCCGUCACCAGUGUGUCAUUUCAAUAAGCCCAUCCACCUGGAAAGAGAUCAUUGAGGCCUUUGAAAUCAAACAGGCCUUGAUACCCACGGUACAGAUGUUGACACAAGAAGGCUGAUGAGAUGAAAACCAAAUGUCCACAAUGUUCAGUUUUAAUAAGUUCACUUUUAAGUAAAGGAUUUUAUUUUUGUGAAUGUUUGAUUUGAUACAGUAAAAUGCAUGAUUGGAAUACCUUUAUUGUAAUAUGAGUAUGUUGCAAUAAUGGCAUUGUAAAAUAAAGUUUAUAUAAUCUUAAAAAAAAAA